CCAGGUGAUAGUGAUUGUGACGAGGGAGAGAAUGCCGAUUGCUGUGAUCUGCGGUGGGACACUGAGAGCCUUUGACCGUCACCACCCUGCCCAGGAAUACAUCAGUCUGCAGCUGCCAGUGGCCAAUGUCACCCAGAAGGUGGCCGUGACCAUCGGUGAUGGCAAAACCAUCGGCGGCUUCUUCAACAAACCACUGGAGCUGGACUGGAGCUACACACUGGUACUGAGAGUGGUCAGUCAGCAGGAUGGGAAAAAGCGGUUUGUGUGUGCAGCCUAUAAAUCCUUCUACAUUUCGAGCGGAAGGAUGGCCAAACUCGUUUCCUCACUGUUGAUCAUCGCCCUGCUCAUCGGCCUUCUGGUGUUCCUGGCACACAGGAGGUGGGGACAUAAGCUUCAGCGACCCCGGGAACAGGUCUUCACUCCUCUCAUCAGGACCAGACCAGGGGUGAGCACGGAGGUGGGGGUGUCUAAGCUGCUGGACGUGAUGGUGAAGAUGCGGCUCUUCAAUGACAACAGUGACGAUGAAGAUGGAGAAGUAGACGGGAUGACAAUGGAGUACCGGAACCUGUCCAACUACCCUCUGCAUUCGUGCAGCGUGGGCCAGGAUCCACACAACGCCAGCAAGAGCCGCUAUCACACCAUACUACCAUAUGACAACUCGCGUGUGGUGCUGAGGGACGGCAGCAGUUGUGACGGAUUCAUCAACGCCAGCUACAUCGACGGCUACAGGAAGCCGAACUAUUACAUCGCCACUCAAGGUGCGUCUGCAGGAGGCAGAGACAGAGAACAGGUCACCCCUGACCCCACUCACUGCUGACCCCUGACCCCACUCACCGCUGACCCCACUCACUGCUGACC